GUGGACUUGUCAUAACUGGCUUGCUUUAUCACAAAAUCUAGUCCACCUGGGCUAGUCUAAACUUCGGACUAAUUUCACAUAUUUUAUGAUUCAGAUACCAUAUGAUUGCAUGUCAUUCGAAAAGAACGUGGUAUGACCAGAUAUUCUGUUGAAAAUUAUGCAGAAAUGUGAUCUAAUUUUUUAAAGAAUCUGAUCAAAAACUUUGAAAUCCAAGCCAAGCUGAAACUAUGAUUAUAUAUAGACGACACAUGAAUAGAUUUGAAUGAGAGAAAAAAUGGAGGAAAGUAACACGUACCAAGUGCCUGCAGUCUUGUUGUUCGUCUCCUUCUUCUUCCUUGUCUACGGCUUCUUCUUCCUGCGAAAGCAUGCAAACCCUAAAAACCUUCCACCCGGCCCACCAUCUCUUCCUAUCAUAGGCCACCUCCACCUUCUCAAAGAGCCCAUCCACCGAAGCUUACAGGAGCUCACAAGCACGUACGGCCGUACCUUCCUCCUCAGGAUCGGGUACCGCAAGGUUCUCGUGAUCUCCUCAGCGUCCGCGGUCCAGGAGUGCUUCAUGAAGUACGAUAUUGUCUUUGCGGACAGGCCCAGGAUGCUUGUCAUGGAGAUCCUCAACUAUGACAAAACCACAGUGGCUUUUUCCCCGUACGGGGCAUACUGGCGGAAUCUCCGGCGGCUCCUGGCUAUCGAGAUCUUCUCCACCAAGUCGCUUGCUGCACUCUCCAGUAUCUGGCAGGAGGAGGCUCGCAUUUGGGUGAAGGAGUUGUUCGAGAAAUCGGGAAAGGAGAUGUUUAUUGUUAGGCUGAGAAGCAAGUUGAUCGAUCUUUCUUUCAAUGUCAUGAUGAUGGUUCUCGUAGGAAAGAGGUAUUAUGGAAAAGAGGAUGAUGUUGUUUCGGAAGAAGGUCGAGAGAUCAAGGAGAUGAUGAGGGAGCUCGGGGAGCUCCACGGGAGCACAGCGAAUUUAGGUGAUUAUAUUCCUAUAUUAGAGACGAUGGAUUUCCUAGGAGUCAAGAAGCGAAUGGUGAAGGGCAGGAACAAGAUCGAUAGCUUCUUGCAGCACCUUGUGGACGCGAACCGCUGCAAGAUAAUAGAGUCAGCUGUUCCAUCCGUGGACAAUAACACCUCAGGUGAAACUAGCACGAGAACGACAUGCUUGCUCAAUCGGAUGUUGUUGCUUCAACAAACUGAGCCGGAGUUUUACAUCGACAGAACUAUCAAAGGUGUUUUGCAGGGGCCACUCGAUUUCAUCCCUUCCACCGCCAUAACUUUUCGGGUGUUUAAAUCCACAAUGUUACUCGCCGGGACGGACACCUCUGCCACCACCGUGGAGUGGGUAAUGGCCCUUCUCCUCAACCACCCGGACGUACUGGCCAAGGCAAAAAUCGAGAUAGAUUCUGCGGUCGGGUGCAACCGUCUGGUGGAGGACGCGGACCUCCCAAACCUCCCGUACCUCCAGAAUGUCAUCACUGAAACACUUAGACUCUACCCGCCAGUCCCCCUCCUACUUCCACAUGAGUCCUCCGAGGACACCACCGUUUGCGGUUUCCACGUGCCGAGAAGCACGAUGCUGCUAGUCAAUGCUUGGAGCAUUCACAGAGACCCCGAGCUAUGGGAAGAUCCGGAGAGAUUCGUGCCAGAGAGAUUCGAACAUGGGAGCCGUGAAAGUGGCUACGAAGGGCAUAAGUGGAUCCCUUUUGGGGUCGGAAGGAGGGCAUGCCCUGGGGCGACGUUCGGGAGACGAGUCGUGGGGUUGGUUGUGGGAUCAUUGAUACAGUGCUUUGAGUGGCAGAGGGUCGGGCAGGAGGAGGUUGACCUGGCGGAGGGGUUUGGGCUCACCAUGCCUCCGGCCACGCCCGUGGAGGCUCUAUGCAAGCCUCGAGAAACCAUGACGCAGUUUCUAGCCAAGUUACAAGUCAAUGAUGAGGUAGCUGGUUGACUCAUAAUUUCAAUGCGAAUAUAAAUGGGAGUGGCACUUGAGAGAAGGAAAUAAAAUGUUAUAUCUGUUGCUUUUAUAAGGCCGAGGACCAAAUAAAUAGGGACGCUAUGCACUUUGUGAUCAGCAUAGUCAAAUAAAUAGAUAUUAGUUUUAGUCGAUAAAAUGACAACAAAUAUCGUGGUUUCAUAAUAAUGUAAUAAAUAAAUAAAGGUGUGUAAAGAUGUAUGCGUCGUUUAUAUGUAUUUCCUUAUGUCAAUCAGUUAUCGAAAUGAUACUGGAUAAUCUUGCGCAAAUAAAGUUUUAUGGACAAUGUCCUUCUUUUUUC